AUGGAAGCUAGAGGCACCGGAGAGAAUACUUCGCAGCGUGUUCAGAGCAUGGUGAUGCUGGUACUUGCUGGACCCAAAGUCCUUCUCCUCCCCGAAAAGACCAUCGACAAGUACCCGGACUUCGCUACCCGGUUUGUGACCGUGCCGGAUGGCAAGAAGCUCGACCUCACCACUUGGCCGACAGGUGUGGUCCAUGUGCUCGUCAUGUUUCUCUUCACCGGCACAUACCAGGACCUGCACGAACUUGGCAAGGACGAGCUGGAACUGUAUGAUGAACCCGAAGCUAUGCUCCACCGCGUUCUCCAGACGUACUUGCUGGCUACCCUGUGCGGCCUCGACAGGCUCAUCCAGCUGGCAGUUCAUGUGUUUGACGUAACAUCAAGAAGCAUGUCGCUCCCGGGCGUCCUCCUCGUCCUUUCCGGAAGCAAUGUCACGUUCGACAAUGAGCACUUCGAGCUGAUGCACAACCUGGUCCAGAGAGCUUCACGAGUCGGUUGGGAGGCAGAACUGGAUGAAGGCCUUGGGACCUACCGAUUAGCGCUCAAGAAUGAUGGGACCAUCUUUGGUGCGCUCUUUUCGCAUAUUCUGGAACAGAGAGCUAGAAUCAGGGACCUCAUGCAUGAGAACGAGAGGCUCACUGAUCGGCUUGAUUCAGAGAGGUGGCUGGAUUGA